AUGGAUCUUGUGGACCUUCCUGUUGUGGGUAAUCGUUUCACUUGGUUUAACUCUAGUGGUAGAUGCAAGAGUAGGCUGGAUAUAUUUCUUGUUUCUGAGGAUCGAAUCAAUAGAUGGAAGUUGAAGGCACAAUGUGUAUGUGAUCGAGAUAUUUCUGACCAUAGGCCUGUGUGGUUGAAGUCAAACAAUUUAAAUUGGGGGCCAAAACUGUUUAAAGUGUUUAACAGUUGGAUGGAGCACCCAGAGUUCCUAAAAUUUGUUAGAUAUUGUUUGAAUUCAUUUACUUUUUCUGGUACAUCUACCUUCAUUAUAAAGGAGAAAUUCAAGGCGCUUUGGGAUAAGUUGAGGUGGUGGAAUUUGAACAUAUUUGGUUUGAUUGAUUUGCGCAUUCAGGAAGGGGUUGUUUGUCUGAAUGAAAUCGAAAGGGAUAUGUUACAGGACAGAGUGAAGCAGUCUAUUGUGAAUAUUAAGAAAAGAAGCGAAGCCUGGGAACUAAUUUGA